AUGUCGCGAACUUCUAUGGUAUCAAUUGGUCUGGAGGCCCUCGCGGGGAUCAUCGAAGGGCGAAAUUCGACAGCCAUUGUUCAGGCUUUUGCAUUUACCCACAUCGCUUAUGCUUUUUCAAUUUUAAUUGAUGAUGAGAUCAAGGUUCAUACCCAAGAAUGGUUUCAAGAUUCCUUGUCUUGGGUAUCUGAUCUUGGAUCUGAGAGGCAGCGAACGAGUUAUGCUCACAUUGCCAGAGCGCUGUGGCAACCUCUUAAUCCAUUGACUGAGAGGAUAUUUCCCCGUCUGUUUCCUGCUGGGGAUGAGAAUAGAUUACUGUUGGUCUGCAGGAGGUUUCUUGAUGGUGGGUUCAACUUGGAGUGCACCGGGUAAUGCUAACGAUUAAUAGUUUCUGAAAGCUUUGGCUCCUCUGACAAAAUCCCGUCUGAUGGUGAAAAGAUAGCGGCUUGUAAAACACGUUUUGUGAAAUAUGCCAAGAAACAGGUCAUUGACGAGUUAAUCAAGACGGUAAGCAUCGAAGCCUUUAUCGAAGAUGUAGUCAAGGUCGAGAAGCGAUUAAAUCGUGGCUAUAUCCAAAACGUUCGCGAGCUGGAACUGGAACUAAUGUGUGCUGGAAAGGUAAGCUCGCUAUCAUUUUCACCACUUAGUUUUAUACUGACGCUCGAUAGCUUGCAUCUCAAUCUGAACUGGCCUAUACACGCUUCCUUUCGCACGUGACGAAACUCUGCAAUUCUCUCUAUGGACCAUCGCCCAUACGAGAACGUGCUGUCUACCAUAUUGGGGAUAUCUCACUCGUUAAGAAGCUUCUUCCUGAAGAACUGUUCAGCGAACAGAAUGAUGAGGAAGAGAGGGAAUUCGAACUCGAAUUGGAAGAUGAUUUGCCGGUUGGAUUUGAGGUUGGUAUGAUGGGAACUUGUGAUGAACGAUCUAGAAUUAGGAUUGAAUGUGUUCUGCAUUCUGAUGAGGACCUCGAGAAUGGCUUGUAAGUUUUUAACUGCAUCUUGUUGAUUCCAGCUAAUUCCUAUACAGCUCAUCUCCACAAGAGAACCAAACACAACCUCCCUCCCCCCUCGUCACCAUUCCCAUCCCACUCCACCGCUCAAAAUCCUCCCACAAUCCCUCAACCCCCAAACCCUCACAUCCCAUCCAAAACCAUCCCAAAUCAUCAAAUCCAACCUCCCAAGAACCCCCAAACUACCAAUGCUCUCUCUGCGAAUACAUACCCUCCGGGAAAGAAAAAUGGAAACCCUCGAAUCUACGCCGACAUCGGAGGACGCAGCAUGCGUCCACUGAGACGAAGGGGUUGCAUAUCUGUCCCUGGCCGGGGUGUCGGAAGAGUUUUACUAGGAGUGAUAAUUUGAGGAGUCAUGUUAGGGAUAAGGGGCAUGAGGUGGGGGUUGGGGGUGGGAAGGAGGUGGCUGAGGAAGAGGAGGAUGAGGGGCGUGAUGGUGAGAGGGAGAGGGAGAGGGUGAGGAAGAGGAGGAAGGUUGGGAGGGGGAGGGGAGGGGAAUAG